GAUGCAAGUCAGUAGGAUUUUCCAUGAAUUGAGGCAGAUCAAGCAAGAGCAGAAGACAGUGACUGAAUUUGCGGGAGAAAUCAAGAAACUCUAUAGAGACCUGGAGUCUUUUAGACCAUUUAAGGCACAUGAUCCCAGGGACGUACCCCUCCUUCGAGAGUGGUUUGAACCAUUGUUGGUUCAGACUUUUCUUGAUGGUCUGAACUCAGAGUUCAAUCUCCGUUCCCAACUCAUACAAGCCACAGCAGAUUGGCCUACAUUGGAUCAAGCCAUCUCAAGUAUACUUGAGGAAGAAACAUGGCUGGCCAAUCAGAUCACAACUUCACAAACAAAUGUUGAUAGCAGAGCUGCACUAUCUUCAGUUAAGCAAAUUCAGUCUCCUAGUACUUCAAGAAAUGAGCAAGCAAAUGCUACUAGAUUCGACUACACGAGAAAGCCUAAGAUGGUGUGUGACCACUGUAAAAAACCAGGCCAUUUGAAGAAGAGUUGUUUUAAUAUAGUUGGUUAUCCUCCUGGAUGGCAACCGAAACAAUUUAACAGAUUCACUAGUGGCGGUAGUAAUGCAAGAAGACCAGAUCGAGCUCAUCUUACUUUAUUUGGGGGAGAACGGUCUGCUGUAACAGCCCAAGCACUUGAAGAAUUUAAAGGCAAACUUAUGGCAAAUACUUCAGAAGGCCCUAUUGAAGCUACAUCUGAUGCUCAUUCUGGGAAAGGAUCUGAAGACAAGAAGAAAUCUUGGGACUGGAAUUGAGCACGACGGCCUCUACUACCUUACCAAUGCCUCGUCUCCAUCUCCAUAUGCCCUCAGUAUGAUGAAUAGCUUGACCACUGAUGAAUUUCUACUGAUGCAUUAUAGACUAGGGCAUCUGUCAUUCCAAGCCCUUGGUCGCAUGUUUCCAUCUCAAGUUAAAAAUUAUUGUAAGGAGAAGCUUUUGUGUGAUGUGUGUGAACUGGCUAAACACACAAGAACCAAUUAUCCUAGUAGUAAUGAGAGAAGUAAGAUACCUUUUGAUGUGGUGCAUUCGGAUGUAUGGGGUCCAUCAGUUGUAACUGCCCUCACAGGGGAUAGAUAUUAUGUGACCUUCAUUGAUGGUUUUAGUAGGUGCACAUGGCUGUACCUCCUAAAGCAUAAAUCUGAAGUUCUCCCUGCAUUCAAA